CCGAAAUAUAUCAUCUGAUAUCCCUAGAGUCUAACUUUUAGUUUUCUUUUCGGUGUCACACUGACAACUUUCAACGUUUCAACGACUUUUUAAUUUUCAGUUUUCAGUUUUUCACGAACAAAAAGUCAAAAAUCCAAGAUGGAUUCGUUCUUUCAUUCUUUGUUGUUUUAAAUGUUUUAAUAUUAGUUGACAGUUUCAAUAUGUGUAGUUCUACUAUUAUACUAUAGUGUUGUGUAUAUUUUCUAGUAUCUAAUUCUAGUACGUCUGUAUUUCUGUGUUCUGUCCAUCGCCUUGUAGUAGAUGAAGUUCGGACUUCACGUGUUGUACAAUUCAAGGAAUUAUUUGUUUAUAUACAACUUAUUAUUUAACUGGUUCAAUGGCGUUCAAUGGUUCAGUCGUUAUCCAUUGAAAAAUCGGGUUUCAUUGAUCUGACAACAAUAUGAAUUUUUAUUUACCAUACUCUAGGAAGUGAUUUUUGAAAAUAGUUUUCGAUUAUAAUACGUUUAUAAUUCUUCCGACUCCAAUUUUUAAAUUAAUAAUACGUACUUAUUUGAAUACGCUGAGUGCAUAUAACUAUACAAUCGUUAUUAUUUAUAUUAUACAUUUUGAAUGAUAUGAUGCGAUUCAACAGUUACGGUUGACACAUUGGCACAUUUUUACUUUAUUAAUAGUAACAACUGACAAUGCGUAUUCAUUAAGCAAUAAGCAGCAGCUGCUAAUAAUAUACCAUCAACAUAAAUAUAUCUAUAUACUAUAUUUAAUAUUUAUAUGUUUUCGUAUAUAAUAUACCAAAUAAUAAAUUAGUCUUGACGAUUUUAUUUGCACAGUUAUUCGUAUUUUCGUCGAUCAUGAUAGACGAAAUUCAAACUUGGUGGGAGAUACCAAGUAUUGUGCAUUUUUGUAAAGUUUUCACCCUUAUCACUAAAGAUAUCAGUCGGAUAGAUAUAAAUGAAUUUGAAAAUGCAAUUGAAGAGAAUUCAUAUUUAUUGACUGAUAUGGCUAUCCGAUUUACCAAAAUUUGUGGUUUUUAUGAUCCAGACACAAAUGAAUGGUGGAAUAAGAUGAAAAAUAAUUUUCAAAAAAGAUGCAUUCUCUACAAUUUUAAAUAUUCACUAGAUUCAGCAACAUAUUUUGAUGAUUUAACUCGUAAACAAAAAGUUGAAACUCUAUACAUAUAUUGUCAUUUUGUUCUUGAUGUUAAGCAUAUUCAAAUAAAAAUAUCUAAUAAACCUGACAUAUGGCACAUGUUAAAUGUAAAACCACUAGGUUAUGACCUAAAUAAAUCAGUAUAUUGGUAUUUUGGUAACAACAAAUUAUAUAGAGAAGACUUUGAGAAUGUAUGUGAUUUAUCUACUAACCUACCAGUAAAGGAUAAUUUUCAUAGAACAAUUCCAUAUGAACCUUUUCCAUCAGGAGUUUUUGGCUCAGGAAAAUGGAAUACAAUAUGUGAUAAUAUUGAUAAUUGGUAUUCAUUAGCUGAUAUUACUGAAUAUAGUCAAAACAUAAAUAUUAGAUAUUUACAUAAAGAAAUUUGUAAUAUUAUUAUAAGUCUUCCUAAAGUAAAGAGGAAAAAGUCUUAUUAUGUAUAUAUAAAGCCUAAUAAGCCUUUAAAAAGGAUUUGUACAAGAACUCUUCGAUCCAUGGAUGUUAUGAAAAUUGAAUGUUAUAAAUUAAAUACAAUUUCUAGUGUUGAUCAGGACAAUCAAUACUCACUAAAUGGUAUGGAAAACCAAACCCAAUAUAAAUAUAAUUCAUCCAUUUCUCGAAGAAAUAUAUCUAGAAUUAAUCUAAAUGUACAUCAUCAAAACCAAAAUAUUUCAAACUCAAAAAUAAAUGAUGUUAGGCAAAUAGAAAAAUAUAACCAUAAAACACCAUUAAAAUUACAGUUACAAAGUGGUAAUGUAAAUGUGCUAAAUAAAUAUGUAAACAAAAUAGAGUUAGACAGAGUACUCCGUGUAAACAUUCAACGCUUUGAUCAAGAAAAUGUUCAUCAUUAUAAUAACUUAAAGCGUAAAUAACAGAACUAAAAUACCACUAUUCAAAGAUUUAUUAUUUUUUAUAAAUUUAGUUUUUAGUUAGUUUUGUAUUUAUUUUAUUUUGAUAUGUAUGUUAAAAUAAGUAUUCUGAAGUGUUAUAUUUAAUAAGUUAAUAUUAAUAUUGAUAAUUUCUUUGAAACAAAAAAUUUGUAGUAUACUUUUUGUAUGCUCUUUGAAGAAUAGUUUAACUUUAUUUUUAAAUUAAUCAUAUAUCAAGAUAUAUAUUUAUGUAUUCA